GUGUAAUCGGUUGGUGUCAUGCAACGUCGAUGUUCCACGCAACGCGUUAAUGUCUCCCAGUUCCCAGUUUUGCACGCGUCUACUUUUAAAGGAGUCCAGUUUCAAAGUAAUUACAUAGACCGUUAGAAAAAAUUCGUUGAAUCGGCGACAAGAAGGGGAAGGUGAAAUGAUCUAUCGUACCAAGAGAACCAAAAGAAAGGGUUCGCAGGAGGGGAGGAGAGUUUCGUCAGUGGAUAAGCAAGAAACUCGGCUUAUCGUAGAUAAUAUCGAAACGAAGGCUGUCUGUACACAAACGUUGGUUCAGGCGAUAGAGCUAAACGAGAAAGAUGUACAAACGGAUGAAUUAGCAGCUGAGGUGAAUCAGCUACCACCGUCGUGCAAACACAUGGAACGAAAAAAGUCUUCCACAUUUUGUUCUAGUAACGAAGACCUUGUCCCUCAGUGGUUGAUCGAAGAAGCCCUUAAUAGGGGAAACGAAUUAUGUAAAGACGAGCGACAGACAAAAGGGGGAAUAUCGUCGAACAAGGAGGUCGAGUAUGAGAUAAUUAUAUCAGACCUUGAAGCGAAGCUUGCUCAUACAAGGGAGAAUCUCGAAGAAGCCUUGAAGGCAAAGUCUGCCGUGAAAGAAAAAUAUAAAAAAUUUUUGGAGGAGGCAAAAGCGGAAGCUCAUAGAGAGAACGAGGCAUUGCAAGAAAGAAUCGUGCGGAUUUGCACUUCCGUUCUAGAGAACUUCGGUCCUCGUUCGAUGAACAGAAGUUGCACUUAUCAAAUUAAAGCUCACAAAAAAUUGAAAUGCCGUGAAAAGAUUUUAAAGAGAUUGUAUAAAAAGCUGCGAAUGGCAGUGGCAAAAUCGAACAAAUUGGAGCGGGAAUUGGCGUCGACGAGGAAGAGACUGGAAAGCAAAUCGGAAGAUCACGAAUCGAUCAGCAAAUGCUUUGAAGAGCUCAAACAAGAGAUGGACGCGACCGAAACGAAUCUGAACAAUCUGAUUUCGGAGAAUCUAGCGUUGAGGAAGAAGAUGGAGGAAACGCGAAACUGGCUGCAAAGCACCGCAGGAAAGGAGCAACAGGCGAAUCGCUCGCAAGACGUGUACAAAAAUAGGGAAUUGAACAAUCUCAAGAAGAAGAAUGAGGAAAACGCGACCACUAUUGCUCAGCUCAAAAACAAACUGGCACGAGCAGAGUCAGCAAACGCCAAUAAGGGUUUUUUACUGAACAGUUAUAAAAGUCAGUUGUCAGAAUUGAAUAAAGAGAAGAAUCAAUUGUUAGCUAACAUAAGUAAGCUGGAGAAUGAAGUCAUUAAUACUCGAAGCAACAAUUCGCGGAUAAAAAAAUUCAAUUUUUAGAUGGAGUCACAAUUAUCUAAAAAAUAUAAAGAAUUAGCGUACCACGAAACUGAAGCUAUCAAAGCUAAAUACGACGAGACCAUCAAGUCGAUGAGGGCAACGCUGCAGCAGGAAAUCGAAACGAUUAAAACGAAACAUGACGAGACUAUUAAAUCUAUGAAAGCGAAGCUGUUAGUGAUGCGAAAUGAGAAUGCCGAAUAUUCGAAUGCUAUUAAAGAAUUUCUGAAAAAAUUGUAUGAGCAACAAAGAGAUCAGGAAUUACAAAAAAGUUUGAACGAAAGCGAGCCAAGUGAAAAGGAAGCUCAGGAAACUGCAUGUACUAUUUUGAACAUGACACCAGAUGAGUUAUCAGGCUUCAUUAAUGGAAAAACUAAAAAUUCGAUUAAUCCUUGGAUAACCGAAUUGAAUGGAAUUACGGCAACGAAUCACUUUGCUCAAGGUCUGUCAAAGUUUUUAUUGAAGAAGGUGACAAAGACAACGAAGAAAUAGUAAAGGAUCGAGAAGGAAUAGGGU